AUGCAGGUAGUAUUAACUUAUAUUUCAGCCGAAUCGCAUUACUAUCCUCCAGCCAGUCCAUAUCAUGAACUGCCGCCAAUAUUACCACCUAGUCGCCCUUAUCCUUAUCAAAACUAUCUACCACCCAGAUUAUACUAUUUUCCGCAACCAAUUCAACGCUAUCUGUUACCAAUUGAACUCUAUGGACAACGCUAUCCACCAUUGAUAAUAUCACCAGCAGGACAACUCUAUCCACCCCCAAAUUUAUACUAUGUACCACAGUCAGUCGAAGCAACAAGCAGUCCUACACAAUAUUAUGAACCAUCGAUAGUAUCUCCAGCUCAAUCCUCUGCAUCGUCACAAUGUAUAUUCUGUGUAGUAAACGUACAAUCACCGCAAAAUAACCUACCAUCGAAGGAACCAAGGUCGUCUCAGUUACCAUCGUCGAUAUCAGAUUCGCAAUCAGCACCAGCUAAAGCAUCAAUUUUAGAAUUACCGUCUCACCAAUCACCACCGUCAGAAAUAGGUCUAGGGCCACUAUCCCAACCGUCUCAGGCACGUCAAUCAUUAUCAUCAGAAUCACCUUCAAAACCUGUAGCACUUCAGUCAUUAUCGUCACCAUUGGGUUCAGAAUCAACAUUAGGUAAACAAUCAUACCCAGAACAACUGUUACGUGAACCAUCACUGUCAGAAGCAGCAUUGCAAUCACCGCUCCAUCAAUUAGCCCCGUUAGGACCAGCAUCACUCCAAUCUUUUCCGUCGCAAACGCACCUAGAAUCCACAAAAUGUUCAACACAGCUAUCAGAGCCCUCCCAGGGUACGUCAGCAUUUCAAACAGCAUCAUCAGGGUCACACUCAUUGUCACCACCCCAUCUAUCAGUGUCCUCGGCAUCAUCUACAGAAAGACCACAUCCGUCAUCAGCGGCAAUACUAGGCUCCGAACAAGUAUCGGGUGCAGAGCUAACAUCGAAACUGCCGCCAUAUCAAAGGCCAGCGUCAGAAACCGUUUUACAGCAACCAUCUGACGAGCCGGUACCACUUCAACCAUCGUCAUCGCAAUCAAUUCCAAAAGCAGGAACGGCUCAGUCAUCAGUGUCAUCAUCAGAUUCAGAAUCAAUAUUAGCACCACAUCACUCAGAUAUGUCGGCAUCACCUAGAGAACUAAAACCACAUUCGUCAUCAGUGGCAAUACCAGGCUCCGAACAAGUAUCGGGUGCAGAGCUAGGAUCGAAACUGCUGCCAUAUCAAAGGCCAGCGUCAGAAAUAGUUUUACAGCAACCAUCUCACGAGCCGAUACCACUUCAACCAUUGUCAUCACAAUCAAUUCCAAAAGUAGGAACGUCUUACUCGUCAGCGUCAACAUCAGAUUCAGAAUCAAUACUAGGUAAAAAAUCAUCCCAACAACAACCGCUGCGUCAACCAUCAUGGUCAGAAGCAGCAUUGCAAUCACCGCUCCAUCAAUUAGCACCGUUAGGACCACAAUCUUUUCCGUCGCAAAACCACCCAGAAGCCACAGAACGUCAAAUAAAGCCGUUAGAGCCGUCCCAGGAAAAAUCAACGCUUCAAUCACCAUCAUCAGAAUCUCAUUCACAGUCAGCACCAUAUCAAUCAGUCUCGUCAGUAUCAUCCGCAGAACUAAGACCACAGUCAUCAUCAGCGGCAACACCAGGCUCCGAGCAAUUAUUAAGUAAAGAAUUAACUUCGAAACUGCCGCCAUAUCAAAGGCCAGCAUCAGAAACCUCUUUAGAGCAAGAGACGUCGCAACUUCUUCUGCCACAACUGCUUCCAGCAUCAUCAGCACGUCAAACGACACUAUCCCAACCAUCCCGCGAGCCGAUAUCAUCUCAACCAUCGUUAUCAGGAUCACCUUCAAAAACAGGAACGUCUCAGUCAUCACCGUCAACAUCAGAUUCAGAAUCAACAUUAGGUAAACAAUCACGCCCACAACAACCGGUGCGCCACCCAUCGUUGUCAGAAGCAGCUUUGGAUUCAUCACUACAUCAGUCAGCACCUUUAGGACCACGAUCACAUCAAUCUUUUCCUUCGCAAACGCGCCCAGAAUCCACAAAACGUUCAAUACUGCUAUCAGAGCCAUUCCAGGAAACGUCAACACUUCAAUCAGAAUUGUCAAAACCACAGUCACUGUCAGCACCACAUCAGUCUGUCUCGUCAGCAUCGUCCGCAGAACUAAGACCACUUUCGUCAUCAGCGGCAAUACCAGGCUCUGAACAAGUAUCGGGUGCAGAGCUAACAUCAAAACUGCCGCCAUAUCAAAGGCCAGCAUCAGAAAUCGCUUUGGAGCGAGAAACACCGCAGAUUCUUCUGACACAACUGCCUCCAGGAUCAUUAGCACAUCAAACGCCAUUGUCCCUAUCAUCUCAAGAGCUGGUAGUACGCGAGGAAUCUUCGCCGGAAUCAUCUCCAAACACAGCAUCACUGUCAGCACCACAUCAGUCUGUCUCGUCAGCACCGUCCGCAGAACAAAGACCACAUUCGUCAUCAGCGGCAAUACCAGGCUCUGAACAAGCAUCGGGUGCAGAGCUGACAUCGAAACUGCCGCCAUAUCAAAGGCCAGCAUCAGAAAUCGCUUUGAAGCGAGAAACACGGCAGAUUCUUCUGACACAACUGCCUCCAGGAUCAUUAGCACAUCAAACGCCAUUGUCCCUAUCAUCUCAAGAGCUGGUAAUACGCGAGGAAUCUUCGCCGGAAUCAUCUCCAAACACCGCAGCAUAUCAAUCAUCACCAUCAAUAUCAAAUUCAGAAUCAGCUCUAGGUAAAAAGCCAUCCCCACAACAAUCGAUGCGUCAACCAUCAUUGUCAGAAGUAGCAUUGCAAUCGCCGCUCCAUCAAUCAGCACCAUUAGGACCGCUGCAGUCUUUUCCAUCGCAAACGCACCCAGAAUCCACAAAACGUUCAAUACUGCUACCAGAGCCAUCCCAGGAAACGUCAGCACUUCAAUCAGUAUCAUCCGCAGAACUACGACCACAUUUGUCGUUAGCGGCAAUACCAGGCUCCGAACAGCUGUCGGGUGAAGAGCUAACUUCGAAACUACUGCCAUAUCAAAGGCCAGCGUCAGAAACCGCUUUAGAGCAAGAAACACCGCAGCAUCUUCCGUCACAACUGCCUCUAGGGUCAUCAGCACAUCAAACGCCAUUAUCCAAACCAUCUCAGGAGCUGUUAAUACAUAAGGAAUCUUCACCGGAUUCCUCUUCAAACACAGCAGCAUAUGUAUCAUCACCGUCAAUGUCAGAUACAGAAUCAACUCUAGGUGAAGAGCCAUCCCCACAACAAUCGAUGCGUCAGCCAUCGUCGUCAGAAACAGCAUUGAAUUCACCGCUCCAUCAAUCAGCAGAGUUAGGUUUAGCGUCACUCCAAUCUUUUCCGUCGCAAACGCACCUAGAAUCCACAAAACGUUCCACACAGCUAACAGAAGCGUCCCAGGAAACGUCAACACUUCAAUCAACAUCGUCAAAACCACAUUCACUAUCAGCACCACAUCAGUCAGUCUCGUCAGGAUCAUUCGCAGAAGUAAGACCACAUCCAUCAUCAGCGGCAGUACCAGGCUACGAGCAAGUAUCGGGUAAAGAGCUAACAUCGAAACUGUCGCCAUAUCAAAGGCUAGCAUCAGAAACCGCUUCCGAGCGAGAAACACCGCAAAUUUCUCUGCCACAACUGCUUCCAGGAUCAUCAGCACGUCAAACGUCAUUGUCCCAACCAUCUGAGGAGCUGGUAGUACAUAAGGAAUUUUCGCCGGAAUCAUCUUCAAACACAGCAGCAUAUCAAUCAUCACCAUCAAUGUCAAGUGCAGAAUCAACAUUAGGUAAACAACCAUCCCCACAACAAUCGCUGCGGCAGCCAUCGUUGCCACAAGCGUUGCAAUCACCGCUCCAUCAUUCAGCAGAGUUAGGUUUAGCGUCACUCCAAUCUUUUCCCUCGCAAACGCACCCAGAGUCCACAAAACGUCCAUCCCAGUUAUCAGAGCUGUCCCAGGAAAAGUCAGCACUUCAAUCAUUAUCAUCAGGGUCACAUUCAUUGUCAGCACCUCAUCUAUCAGUCACGUCGGCAUCAUCUACAGAACUAAAACCACAUUCGUCAUCAGCGGCAAUACUAGGCUCAGAACAAGUAUCGGAUGCAGAACUAACAUCGAAAAUGCCGCCAUAUCAAAGGCCAGCGUCAGAAACCGUUUUACAGCAACAAUCACACGAGCGGGUACCACUUCAACCAUUGUCAUCACAAUCAAUUCCAAAAGCAGGUACGUCUCAGUCAUCAGCGUCAACAUCAGAUUCAGGAUCAAUAUUAGGUAAGGAAUCAUCCCAACAACAACCGCUGCGUCAACCAUCAUGGUCAGAAAUAGCAUUGCAAUCACCGCUCCAUCAAUUAGCACCGUUAGGACCAGCAUCACUCCAAUCUUCUCAGUCGCAAACGCACCCAGAAUCCACAAAACGUUCAAUACAGCUAUCAGAGCCAUCCCAGGGAACGUCAGCACUUCAAAUAGCAUCAUCAGGAUCACUGUCAGCACCGCAUCACUCAGAUACGUCGGCAUCAUCUACAGAACUAAGACAACAUUCGCCUUCAGCGGCAAUAAUAGGCUCCGAACAAGUAUCGGGUGCAGAGCUAACAUCGAAACUGCCGCCAUAUCAAAGGCCAGCUUCAGAAACCGCUUUACAGCAACCAUCUCACGAGCCGGUACCACUUCAACCGCCGUCAUUACAAUCACCUUCAAAAGCAGGAACGUCUCAGUCAUCACCGUCAACGUCAGAUUCCGAAUCAACGUUAGGUAAACAAUCAUCCCCACAACACCAUCCAUCGCUGUCAGAAGCUGCUUUGGACUCAUCACUACAUCAAUCAGUACCUUUAGGACCACGACCACUUCAAUCUUUUUCGUUGCAAAACCACCCAGAACGUCAAAUACAGCCGUUAGAGCCAUCGCAGGAAAAGUUAACGCUUCAAUCACCAUCAUCAGAAUCACAUUCACAGUCAGCACCAUAUCAAUCAGUCUCGUCAGCGUCCUCUAAAGAACGCACACCAUAUUCAUCAUCAGCGGCAAUACCAGUUGCCGAACAAGUAUCGGGUGAAGAGCUAACCUCGAGCCUACUGCCAUAUCAAAGGCCUGCAUUAGAAAACGGUUUAGAGCCAGAGACACAACAGCUUCUUCUGCCACGACUGCCGCCAGGAUCGUCUGCACGUCAAACACCGUUAUCUGAAGUAACUAAGGAGCCGAUAACACCUAAGUCACCUUCGUCAAAAUCACCUUCAAAAACAGUAGCAUCCCAAUCAUCACCGUCAACAUCAGAAUCAGAAUCAACAUUAGGUAAAUACCCAUCCCCGCAACAACCAGUGCGUCAAUUAUCGUUGUCAGAAACAGCAUUGGAAUCACCGCUUCAUCAAUCAGCACCGUUGGGACCAGCAUCGCCCCAUUCUUUUCCGUCGCAAACGCACCUGGAAUCCACAAAACGUUCAACACGCCAAUCAGAGCCAUCCCAGGAAACGUCAAGACUUCAAUCAGCAUCUUCAAAUUCACUUGCACGGUCAGCACCACAUCAAUCAGUCUCGUCAGCAUCAUCUAAAGAGCAUAUACCACAUUCGUCAUCAGCGGCAAUACCAGGUUCCGAACAUGUAUCGGGUGAAGAGCUAAUUUCGAAGCUACCGCCAUUUCAAAGGCCAGCGUUAGAAACCGCUUUAGAGCAAAAGACACGACGGCUUCAUCUGUCACAACUGCCUCCAGAAUCAUCAGCACGUCAAACGUCAUCAUCCCAACCAUCUCACAAGUCCGGACCACUUCAACCAUUGUCAUCACAAUCACCUUCAAAAGCAGGAACGUCUCAAUCAUCACCGUCAACCUCGGAUUCAGAAUCAACGUUAGGUAAACAAUCAUCCCCACACCACCAUCCAUCGCUCUCAGAAGCAGCUUUGGACUCAUCACUACAUCAAUCAGUACCUUUAGGACCACGACCACUUCAAUCUUUUUCGUUGCAAAACCACCCAGAACGUCAAAUACAGCCGUUAGAGCCGUCCCAGGAAAAGUUAACGCUGCAAUCACCAUCAUCAGAAUCACAUUCACAGUCAUCACCACAUCAAUCAGUCUCGUCAGCAUCAUCCGUAGAACUAAGACCACAUUCAUCAUCUGCGGCAAUACUAGGCUCCGAACAAGUAUCGGGUGAAGAACUAACUUCGAAACAACCGCCAUAUCAAAAGCCAGCAUCAGAAACCGCUUUAGAGCGCGAAACACCGCAACUUUUUCCGACACAACUGUCUCCAGGAUCAUCAGCACGUCAAACACCUGUAUCUCAUGUAUCUAAGGAGCCGAUAACACCUAAGUCACCUUCGUCAGAAUCACCUUCAAAAACAGUAGCAUCCCAAUCAUCACCGUCAACAUCAGAAUCAGAAUCAACAUUAGGUAAAUACCCAUCCCCACAACAACCACUGCGUCAAUCAUCGUUGUCAGAAACAGCACUGCAAUCACCGCUCCAUCAAUCAGCGCCGUUAGGACCAGGAUCGCUCCAAUCUGUUCAGUCGCAAUUGCAUCCAGAAUCCACAAAACGUUCAACACAGCUGUCAGAGUCACCUCGGGAAUACUUGACACUUCAACCGGCAUCAUCAGAAUCGCGUUCGCUGUCAGCACCACAUCAAUCAGGUUCGUCGACAUCAUCUACAGAAUUAACACCACAUUCGCCAUCAGCGGCAACACCAGACUCAGAACAAGUAUUAGAUAAAGCGGAAAUUUUGCAACCACCGCCACACCAGAGGCCACAAUCAAAAACACCCUUAGCGCAAGGAGCUCGGAACCUUCUUCUGCCAGAACCGCCAUCAGGAUUAUCAGUAUCUCAAAAGUCACCAUCUCACAAGCCGGUACCACUUCAGUCAUCGUCAUCGCAAUCAGCUUCAAAAACAGGAACAUCUCAGCCAGCACCGUCAACGUCAGAUUCAGAAUUAACAUUAGGUAAACAAUCAGCCCCACAACAACCGCUGCGAGUCCUAUCGUUGCCAGAAACAGCAUUGGAAUCAUUACCGCGUCAAUCAGCACCUGUCAAAACACAAUUGUCAGAACCAUCUCCGGAAUCAAUAUCAUCAAAAUCAUAUUCGCAGUCAGCACCACAUCAAUCGGCAUCGUCGGCAUCAUCUGCAACACUAACACCGCAUCAGUCAUCAUCGCUAAGUUUAGGUUUAGAAUCGACAUCUGAUAUAGCACCAACUUCGAAACCACCGCUAUAUCAAAACCCAUCAUCAGAAACAGCUUUAGAACAGGAGACACAACCAAAGCCACCGCAAACGCCAUUGCCUGGAGAAUCAUCUCCAGGACAAGCACCUUUAUUUACAAGACUAGUGGCCACUGAGUCAACAACAGAUAAGGUAUCGUCUUCAGAACAAACACCACGGCAGGCCCUAUUGAAAGAACCAGAAUCAGAGUCAAUAUUACAUCAGUCAACGCUCUUAGCCACCGCUGCAGCGCAAGGUUCGCUACCUUCCCAAUCACAUCUUGAAUCAACAACACAAGAAACGCUGCAGUCAGAACCGUCUCAAGAAACGCAAACACGUCGACCGACAUCGAAACAUCCACUUCCAGUAUCGGCAGAAUAUGAAGAGCCAUCAUUACGUCAAUCGCCAACGAAAUCAGUGACACGUCUGUCAGCGCAGUCAACAUCAGCUCCUGAAUUAACAACACGACAACCAGCAACAUCAGAACCAUCUCUAAAUUUAAAGAAAACACCUUCAGGUGUGGGUCCUACAAAAAGUCCACUGCCAUCGUCAAAGAAAUCCUCAAAGGGAACAACACCUCCGCCUAAAAAGAAAAAAAAAAAGAGCUAUGAAGCAGGUCCUAGACCACCCUUUGGUCAAGUGUAUAGGUUUGGUUAG